AUGGUUUUGGAAAGAAGAUUUUAAUGGUAUGAGGGUUACUUUGAAAAAAUUUGUGAUUUGCUAGAACAGAAGUUAAUGUUGGUCACACUGAUGAUUAAGUUAAAAUUGAAUUCCUAACUACUAUUGAUGAAGAAGCAAAUAGUGAAUCAUUUGGAUAAAGAAAUAUUACUAUCUUCUGUACAUCCUUCUCAGCUAAUUGUACUGAAUGUAAGAGACCAAAAAGAUUCUGAUUGCAAAAGUAUUUUUAUUUAUUUAAUAUUAUUGAAUUUACUAAUAAUUGUGUUUUAUUUGGGGGUAAAUGUUAAAUUUACUCUCAUUUUUUAAGAAUAGUCCUUUUUUGGAGGAUAAAUUUAUAUGAAUUAAUGGAUGGAUAAUUUGUAGCAAGGUUUCGAUAUGUGAGUGACUGUGGAAGUAAAUCAUUAUUUGAUGGUUUUCGAAUCUUUGGAGCUGUUUUAGAUUUUUUUGAUAUUACUCCUCAUCAAAAACUUAAGUUGUAAUUAAUCCUUGAUAAAUUUGAUUUUUUAGAUGGAGAAUUUAUGAUGUUUUAAACUGAUGGAGUUGAAAUUUGGAGAACUAAACUUGUGGUGCAAAUAUAUGUAGUUAAAGAUUUUUGGUUUGAUGGUAUUUCACCAGUUAAAUAGAAACUUUUAUUUUUAGAAUCAUGUUGUCUUAGAGAUUUCAAAUAAGUAUAUGCACCUUUAGAAUUUAUGCUAUUGUCUAAGGGAUUGCUUCUUUAAAAGUAAGAAAACUGA